GCCGCGGGGCCCUUGCGGAGCGGAGCCUUCCGAGCGUUUCACUGCGGCCUUUCCGCGUUCUCACGGGGCUCCUCCGCCCCGCCUCGCCCUGAGGGAGUCGGAUCCCGCCCCGCUUUUCGCUCCGGCAGCGCUGCCCCGGCCCCGUCGGGAGCGGCGCGCACGCUCGCCACCAGCGGACAAAAUGGCGGCGCGGGGGCGGGGGGAGAGGAGCGAGUGCGCUUGCGCGGGGCGGUGGAGCACGUGGGGAGCACCGGGAACGGGCACCGGGAUGCAGGUGAUGGGCAUGGGUGUUGGUAUGAACAGGAUCCGGAUCCAUGUUCUGCCAUCCAGCCGAGGCCGCCUCACGCCUGUGCCGCGGCCGCAGGAGCCACUGUCCUGCGCCUUCACUCAGCGCCAGUGCUCCCAGCCACGCCUGGAGGGGCAGGAGUUCUGCAUCAAGCACAUCCUCGAAGACCGGAGCGCCCCGUUCAAGCAGUGCAGCUACAUUUCAACAAAGAAUGGAAAGCGAUGCCCAAACGCUGCGCCCAAACCGGAGAAGAAGGAUAGCACGUCGUUCUGUGCCGAGCACGCCCGUAGGAACGCGCUGGCGCUCCAGGCUCAGAUGAAGAAGUCCAAUCCUGGACCUGCGAGUGAAACUCUUCUUUGCCAGCUUAGCUCUUAUGCUAAAACAGAGCUGGGCUCCCAGACCGCCGAGAGCAGCCGCAGCGAAGCCUGUCGGAUCCUCGAUGAGGACAGCUGGAGCGAUGGCGAACAGGAUCCUAUCACAGUGGACCAGACAUGGCGAGGAGACCCGGACAGUGAGGCCGACAGCAUCGAUAGCGAUCAGGAGGAUCCCUUGAAGCACGCAGGCGUGUACACAGCCGAGGAGGUGGCUUUGAUCAUGCGAGAGAAGCUGAUCCGCCUGCAGUCUCUCUACAUUGACCAGUUCAAACGCCUCCAGCACCUUCUGAAGGAGAAGAAACGCCGGUACCUGCACAGCCGCAAGGGCGAGCAUGAAGCCAUAGGCAACAGCCUCCUGACGGGCCCGGAGGGACUGAUGGCCAAGGAACGGGAGAAUCUGAAGCGCCUCAAGUGUCUGCGCCGCUACCGGCAGCGCUAUGGCGUGGAGGCCCUGCUGCACCGGCAGCUGAAGGAGCGCAGGAUGUUGGCGACCGACGGCGCUGCCCAACAGGCGCACACCACCCGCUCCAGCCAGAGGUGCUUGGCCUUUGUUGAUGACAUCCGCUGUUCCAACCAGUCCCUCCCGAUGACCCGGCACUGCCUUACGCACAUCUGUCAGGACACGAACCAGACGCUGUUCAAGCCCUGCCAAGGCUCCGAGGAGGUGCCCUGCAACAAACCCGUUCCUGUCAGCCUCUCCGAGGAUCCCUGCUGCCCGCUGCACCUCCGCUUGCCUCCGCAGAUGUACGUACCCGAACAGGUCCUUGCUGUCCCCGAGGAGCUGGAAGCUGCUCCCACCGACCUCUACUUGAGCGCUGCCGAGCUCCAGCCCACGGAGAGUUUGCCCCUGGAGUUCAGCGAUGACCUGGAUGUGGUGGGAGAUGGAAUGCAGUGUCCCCCAUCCCCGCUCCUCUUUGACCCCUCCGUGGCCCUCGAUCCAUCCCUCCGAGACAUUGCCGAGGCUCCCAUAGACAUCCUGGCUCUGGAGGAAUCUCCACAUCCAUCCCUCCCAUCGCAAGCGGUGCUGGGGAACGGAGGGAGCUCCGCGGCUGCAGAGUCAGCGGCUGAGCUGCCUGCACAGGAUCCCAUGCCGAUGGCAGCAGGACACUCGGCACCUGGCAGUGACAGGCAACCGGAGGAAGCCACCUCGGCCAACGGGAGCCUGGAGCCGGCACCCAUGAGCUGAGCCCGGUUGCUCCCAGUGAAUCCUCAUGGUGGGACACGUGUGGGAAUGGCACCUGUGUCCUUGCCAGCAGGAAUCUGGUGUCCAUGAGCUGAGCGCAGCCGUGCAUCGCGGCUCCUCACACCUGGUGAAUCCUCACGGUGGGAUAGGUGUAGGAACGGCGCCUGGAGCCGGCGUCCGUGAGCUGAGCCCAGCUUUGUGCCGCAGCUUGAUGCUCCCGGUGAAUCCUCGCUCCUGCUGAAUCCUCCUGGUGGGAGACACGCGUGGAAAUAGUGCCCAUGAGCUGAGCCUGGCCUUGUGCCGUGGUUCCAUGGUCCCGGUGAAUCCAUGCUCCUGGUAAAUCCUCGUGGUGAAACAAGUGGGAACGGUGACCAUGAGCUGAGCCCGGCCUUGUGCCGUGGCUCCUUACUCCCGGUAAAUCCUCAUGGUGGGACACUGGUGGGAACGGCACCGUGUCUUCGCCAACACCGGCUCCAGCCAGAGCAGCAGGGUUGGAACCCCAGGACUGAAGCCGCUGAACCCUCAGUUGUGGGAAGAAGCCGUGGGGGCUCCUGGUGCUGUGGGGCCUUUGCCAUGGGGAGCAGCUGAUGCCGCUGUGGGACUUGGGGGGUCUCCGAGGUGGGGACCCCACAGUGGUUUUGGUCUGAGGGAAGGGAGGUUCCCCCUAUUGUAUCCCCCAUAAUAAAGUGGUAGA